UCCUUGCCUGGAGGUUUUAUUUCUUUCCUUCCGUUGUCGUACGGCACAGCGAUCUUGUAAAGCGCCCUAGCCUCCUGCCCUUGAACCCGAGUGCGCAGUAGCUAGCCUGGGCCGGGCUUUCCUGGAUCUCUUUUGAGGGGUUGGGGGAAGCCGCCCAGGAUAUAAGAUCACACUCUUGUCUACCGGCUUAGAGAAACACAGCCCCCUGUCUAGGCAGGGGACCUCAACCAGAGCCCGCGUCAGAACCUGAUUGCACAUAGGCUAUCUGGCUGCUGCAGAACCUUCUUCGGUCUUCUGUGGGGAGGCACUCUUUCGCCAAGGUACCUGGGGCCCUGGAAUGAUGAGUAGCGCCUGAUUUAGCUGUUAUUUCUUGGAUUUUCCGUUCCUUCCCUGGGUCGUGGAAAUCGGCACGUGGGUGUGGCCGUGUGUUUUUAGCCAACCGGGCGAAGCUCAUGCCGGAUGCCGGUUCAGCUGACUACAGCCCUGCGUGUGGUGGGCACCAGUCUGUUUGCCCUGGUGGUGCUAGGGGGCAUCCUGGCAGCCUAUGUGACAGGCUACCAGUUUAUCCACACAGAAAAGCACUACCUGUCCUUUGGCCUCUACGGUGCCAUCCUGGGUCUACAUUUGCUCAUCCAGAGCCUGUUUGCCUUCCUGGAGCACCGUCGCAUGCGCAGGGCAGAGCGCCCACUGAAGCUACAUUGCUCUCAGAGGCGAUGUUCGGUGGCACUCUGCAUUGCUGCCUACCAAGAGGACCCUGAGUACUUGCGCAAGUGCCUGCGUUCAGCUCAGCGCAUCGCCUUUCCAAACCUCAAGGUGGUGAUGGUAGUGGAUGGCAAUCGCCAGGAAGAUGCCUACAUGUUGGACAUCUUCCACGAGGUUCUGGGUGGCACUGAGCAAGCUGGCUUCUUUGUAUGGCGUAGCAAUUUCCAUGAGGCGGGUGAAGGAGAAACAGAGGCCAGUCUACAGGAAGGCAUGGAGCGUGUGCGAGCUGUGGUGUGGGCCAGCACCUUCUCAUGUAUCAUGCAGAAGUGGGGAGGAAAGCGUGAAGUCAUGUACACAGCCUUCAAGGCCCUUGGCAACUCAGUGGACUACAUCCAGGUGUGUGACUCUGACACCGUGCUGGACCCAGCCUGCACCAUUGAGAUGCUCCGAGUCUUGGAAGAAGAUCCUCAAGUAGGGGGUGUUGGAGGAGAUGUCCAAAUUCUCAAUAAGUAUGACUCAUGGAUCUCCUUCCUGAGCAGCGUGAGGUACUGGAUGGCCUUCAACGUGGAGCGGGCCUGCCAGUCCUACUUUGGCUGUGUGCAGUGUAUCAGUGGGCCUUUGGGCAUGUACCGAAACAGCCUCCUCCAGCAGUUCCUGGAGGACUGGUACCACCAGAAGUUCCUAGGCAGCAAGUGCAGCUUUGGGGAUGAUCGGCACCUUACCAACCGAGUCCUGAGUCUUGGCUACCGGACUAAGUAUACAGCACGCUCUAAGUGCCUCACAGAGACCCCCACUAAGUACCUCAGAUGGCUCAACCAGCAGACCCGCUGGAGCAAGUCUUACUUCCGGGAAUGGCUCUAUAAUUCUCUGUGGUUCCACAAGCACCACCUCUGGAUGACCUAUGAAUCAGUGGUCACAGGCUUCUUCCCAUUCUUCCUCAUUGCCACAGUCAUACAACUUUUCUACCGAGGUCGCAUCUGGAACAUUCUCCUCUUCCUGCUGACGGUGCAGCUGGUGGGCAUUAUCAAGGCUACCUAUGCCUGCUUCCUUCGAGGCAAUGCAGAGAUGAUCUUCAUGUCUCUCUACUCCCUUCUCUACAUGUCCAGCCUCCUGCCAGCCAAGAUCUUUGCCAUUGCUACCAUCAACAAGUCUGGCUGGGGCACUUCUGGCCGAAAAACCAUUGUAGUGAACUUCAUUGGCCUAAUCCCUGUGUCCAUCUGGGUAGCCGUUCUUUUAGGUGGCCUAGCAUACACAGCUUAUUGCCAGGACCUGUUCAGUGAGACUGAGCUAGCCUUCCUAGUCUCCGGGGCCAUCCUGUACGGCUGCUACUGGGUGGCCCUCCUCAUGCUCUAUCUGGCCAUUAUUGCCCGGAGGUGUGGGAAGAAGCCAGAGCAGUACAGCCUGGCUUUCGCUGAGGUGUGAUCUAACCCUAAGUGAAGUGGGAG